UUUUUUUUUUUUAAAAAAAAACAUGUUGGCCAAUACUUCUUCUGCAAACAAUGUCUGGGACUCUAAAACACAAACUUUUCAUGGUGGUCAGGAACAUCGGUUUAUUAGUAAUUUUGUAGAGGAUUUCAGUGUCACUACAAAUUAUCUAGGCACACCUAAAAAAGCAUUGGAAGCUGCCAAGGAAGCCAUGAACGAGAUCCAUCAUUAUCCUGCUGCUAACCAGGAACCAGCCAAGUCUUAUUUGGCCGAAUUUUUAUGGGGCUCAGACUACAUUGACCAUCAAGAUCGCUUAUUAAUGGGUAAUGGUGCUUCUGAAUUGAUUGAUUUGGCUGUCAGAAGAGCACUUUUGACUUUUGGAGAGAGGGGUAUCAAGAAGCCUACAUGGAAAGGAAGUCCCUGGAAUGUUCAAUAUAGAGAGUAUCAACGUAGUGCAGAGACAAAUGGAUUUGAAAUCUUGGAACCCUCCAAUCCUGAAAAAGCAGAUAUGCUCUGUAUUGUCAAUCCAUGUAACCCCACUGGUGACUAUUUCUCUGUGGAACCUCUAAAGGCAUGGAUCAAGGACAAUGUGAAAUCAGGUGGUUGUGUGAUUGUAGACGAAUCCAUGCAACCUUGGCACUCUGCUGACUUUAGAAAUGACUCUCUCAUCUCUGAACAUGUAUUUGCAAAGGAUAUGUUCCUUACCGAAAAUGUCUCUGUUCAUGUGAUGCAUUCCUGGACAAAGAUCUGGUCUUGUACAGGUCUCCGUAUUGGUUCUAUCAUUUGCCCUACAAAAGAACACUGUGACGCACUCCGCAAAAUUCAAGCACCUUGGUCUGUCAAUGGUCCUGCCUUGAAAUUUGUUGAAACUGUCGUCAAUGACAAGGCCUAUCUAGAAGAAACUUGGAACAACACAAGUCGUUUAAGGGCCUAUUUGAUUGACCAAUUAAAAUCACUAGAUCAUCCUGAAUGGGAAUACCAUGGUAAAUCAUUCUUGAGUUGGGUAUGGUUGGAUAUGAAGAGUGAGGAAUUAGCCUCUAAAGCCAUUGAUCUAGCCCGUGCCGCUGGUGUCCCUGUUCGAAGUGGUACUCCCGGCUAUAAGUGCCAUUCGUUUGUUCGAGUAGCUGUUCGUAAAGAACAUGAAGUCCAAGUGCUUAUUCAAGCUUGGAAAGCUUUGUAAAUUAGAAUAUAUAUAUAUAUGUAUAUAUGUGGCGACAAUAAUAAUAAAAAGACAACGUUAAGCGCAUAAAGAAUUCGAUUUAUGCUCAAUUUUAC